AUGUCUACAAGAACUAGCUUCGAUGGCAUGCAAAGCUCAUGGCUUGGAGGAGAAUCAUGGACGUCGAACCAGACACGAUCUUCGAGCUUGAGUCGUGGAAUAUCUGUCCCAGCAGGUGCUCAGACCAGAUCGACGAAGCAACAAUAUACGCAACUACUCAGGCAGCUGAUGCUCGAGCUACCGAGACAGGACCGAGACCCAAGUCUUCUUGACCGCUCAAGUAAGAUGAGAGCACCUGGGAAAGGGCCUGUACCCGUGCAAGUUGAGCGCAGCCUGCGGCGUCGUCACGCUGAUUACUGGCGUCAAAUCGACGAGCAGGUCAAGCAUGGUCGUCCGAUUUAUGGAUGGCAGCAAUGCUGGGGCAAGAAGUGUUACAAUCGCCGUUGCCUGUACACUGACCUCCAUAGCCUGCCUGUUCUGACGAAAAGGUAUUCGCAAAUGAUGGAUCCCGGUGGCAGAAGCGUCUCUUUCGUCAACGCCAUAGCUCAGCACUUUUGGGGCGUGAACGUGGACCAGAGCCAUCGUGCGCUGCUCGAGGCAUUCCUGGAGUCGCCUGUCAUUCAUGGGGCGUUGGGUCAGUUCUGGAAGCAGUGCAGAGACAACAAGAUAGAGCUAAAGGCUACGAACUUUGCACGUUCUGUGGCCAAGCUGCAACACCAAAUCACCCAAAUUGUCUUGUCUACCUUGAGCAGGACCCCGGUGUCUCUAUCUCAUGAGUUCUUUGGUUGCGAGGAAUACGGUUCACCCCGGCGGUGGACGCUCCGACAGCUGGUAGUCCAGUUCGUCUGCACCGCCGAGACUUGGCGACGGUAUGGAUUGAGUAGAGGGUUUCCUUGGGAUUUUGGCUCUCCGAACGCUGUUGCAGAAGCCUAUUGUGGGAUUCUAGUCAACUUCGUUGACAUGGUUGCCUCGAAGGCCUUUUACUUGCGGAUCUUGAGUGACAUGCAGGUCAAUGAGGUUUGGCAACAAUGGAUCAACGCGUAUUCGGCAUGCAGGCUCCAAGGUCAAGACUCGACGCCCGGCAGUCUGGCUUUUGGCCCAAGUGAGCUUGCCAUAGACUCAGGCGGCGGUGGCCGGACGGAGGAGGUCUUCACUGGAUAUGGCUGUAACGCAACAUCGGACGUAACCGGCGGGCCCCUCGAAAGUUUUGAAGACGCAGAGUUAGAUGCGUGGACAAGCUCUGACGACGAGGACCACGAACAAGAACACUGCGGGUGA